GCGUGACGCAGGCGGCCGGUUCUCGCCCGCCGCCGCCGCCGCUGCUCCCGCCACCGCCGCCGCCGCCGCCGCCGCCGUACCGGGUGGCGAGCUCGCAAGAUGGCGGCUCUGGCUGCGUCCGAUGAGAAAAGUGAAGCUUGGAGAGGUUGUAUUUUGCCCAUAAGUUAAACAAGAAGUAGCAGACUCCCAAGUUUUCUGACCAGUGCUCUUCUAGCUACUCUGAGUUGGUGGCGAGCUGGAAAGAGGCACCUAAAUAAACAUUGAAUGGGAAAGCAUCACGCCGAACAGGAAAAGUAUUGCAGUGUUGUUAAGAAAUAGGAAGCAAAGGACAGUUAUUUUGAAUUGGUGGUGCUUGAGGUUUUCAGAUGCAAGUUAUGGACAAAAACUCAUUCGGAUUAUGUAUUUCUCAGCUAGACUACAUAAAUAUUAACAAUGGAUAAAUGCAAGCAUGUUGGGCGGCUUCGGCUUGCUCAAGAUCAUUCCAUCCUCAAUCCUCAAAAAUGGCAUUGUGUGGAUUGUAAUACUACAGAUUCGGUUUGGGCUUGCCUUAGCUGUUCUCAUGUGGCGUGUGGAAGAUACAUUGAAGAACACGCACUCAGGCACUUUCAGGACAGUAACCACCCAGUAGCAUUGGAGGUGAAUGAGUUGUAUGUUUUCUGUUAUCUUUGUGAUGACUAUGUUCUUAAUGAUAAUGCAACCGGUGACUUGAAAUUAUUGCGGAGUACACUGAGUGCAAUCAAAAGUCAGAAUUAUGACUGCACUACUCGGAGUGGAAGGAUUUUACGCUCUAUGGGUACCAGUGAUGACUCUUACCCUUCACAUGGUGGUGCCCAAGCUCUCCUUCGAAAUGAAGAUCAAAUGUUCACUGCUCUUUGGCAUAGGAGGCGGAUGCUAAUUGGGAAAGUAUUUAGAUCUUGGUUUGAACAAACUCCCAUUGGGAAAAGGAGAUUAGAAGAAGAAAGACUUCAGGAAGAAGCAGAAGCGAAGAGAGAAGAAGCAAGGAGAAGACGACAGGAACUGAAGCGUCAGUUUAAGGCAGAAAUGGAGAAAAUGCCUCCAAGGAAAAGUUCACGUUUGCAAGGCCUUGCCAGGUCUGGCAUUAUGGAAAUGCUUCCUAUAAAGAAACUUUCUCAGAGCCUGACAUCACCAGUGACUGGUAAAAAAGUGUCUACCUCACAUGAAAUAAGAUUUAAAAAAGUGAGUGAUUCCCCUGUCAAACGAAGACCAACAGUGACUCCUGGGGUAACAGGAUUGAGGAAUUUGGGUAAUACCUGCUAUAUGAAUUCUGUUUUGCAGGUAUUAAGUCAUUUACUUAUUUUUCGGCAAUGUUUUUUAAAAUUGGAUCUGAACCAAACUCAAGAAUUGCUGGCUGCAGCUGCUAGUGGGAAGACUAGAUCUUCUUGUAAACACCCACCAAUCACAGAUUCUCUGUUUCACAUAAGAGAAAAUCAAGAAAAAUAUAAAGGCUGUCCUGGGUCACGACGCCCAAGUCUGUCUUCAGGUUUAAGUGGUGGGGCAUCUAAAAGCAGAAGCAUGGAACUUAUUCAGCCCAGGGAGCCAAGUUCCAAAUAUAUUUCUCUUUGUCAUGAGCUGCAUACUCUUUUCCAAGUUAUGUGGUCUGGAAAAUGGGCAUUGGUGUCCCCAUUUGCCAUGUUACACUCAGUGUGGAGGCUGAUACCAGCAUUCCGUGGUUAUGCCCAACAGGACGCUCAGGAAUUCCUCUGUGAACUUUUGGAUAAAGUGCAGCAUGAACUGGAGACGACAGGUACCAGGUAUCCAGCACUCAUCCCCAGUUCUCAAAAGAAACUUAUCAAGCAGGUUCUGAAUGUGGUGAAUACCAUCUUUCAUGGACAGCUUCUUAGUCAGGUUACAUGUCUUGCAUGUGAUAAUAAAUCAAAUACAGUCGAACCUUUCUGGGACCUCUCACUGGAAUUUCCGGAAAGAUACCACUGUAAUGGAAAAGAAAUGGCUACCCAGUAUCCCUGCUUGGUUACAGAAAUGUUGGCCAAGUUCACAGAAACUGAAGCUUUAGAAGGAAAAAUUUAUGUGUGUGACCAGUGUAACACAAAGCGCAGGAAAUUUUCUUCAAAACCAGUUAUACUCACAGAGGCCCAGAAACAGCUUAUGGUGUGUCGGCUGCCUCAGGUUCUGAGACUACACCUUAAACGAUUCAGGUGGUCAGGGCGUAAUCACAGAGAGAAAAUAGGAGUACACGUCGGUUUUGAUGAAAUUCUGAACAUGGAGCCCUACUGCUACCGAGAGUCUUUGAAGUCCCUCAGACCAGACUGCUUCCUGUACGAUUUGUCUGCUGUUGUCAUGCAUCAUGGGAAAGGGUUUGGCUCAGGACACUAUACUGCAUACUGCUAUAACUCUGAAGGAGGAUUCUGGGUACACUGCAAUGAUUCCAAGCUUAACAUGUGCACUCUGGAAGAAGUGUGUAAGGCCCAGGCUUACAUCUUAUUUUAUACCCAGCGAGCUCCCCAGGAGGAUGGACAUUCUAGACUCUUAGCUCCCAGCCCUCCUCUGAGUGCCCAGAGCUGAUCCAGAGACAGGGACUGACUGGUGGCUUGGGGUGCUAGGCUUUGAAUCCGGCUGAGGUAGGGGGUUUGUUUUGUACUUUCUCUUGUGAAUCAGUGUACACUAUGUUUAUAUAUUUUGUAUCGAGCAAGACAAAGCAUUCUUUUUACAGAAACAAAGUCGGUAUAAAUUAACACUUGUAUAUUGACAGUAGGUAACUUUUAAACAUUUUUUAGUACCUGGAGUUUUCUUAUACAGCUGGUUUGGUUUUAUUGUUGUUGUUUUUUUAAAGAGAAGAGUCUUUAAAUUUUUAAUGUUUACCUCAGACUGGUGUUCAUUCUUUUUUUAUCUUUUUUUUUUAAAUCAUGGAUUUUUAUGAGACUGUCACUAAAAUUCUGGUUAUACCAUUUUAUGUAUAUUUGUUAUUGCAUGCCUUCUUAAAGGCUGUUCCUGCAGGGCUAAUUCUUUUAGGUAAUUAAGAUAGACCAUUUCACCAAAAAAAAAAAAGGGUUUCUUUUAGGCCAGGUAUAUAUUAUUGAGCACUGCCAUGUGCGAGACCCUGGGGGAUACAAAGACAGGCUGUUUUUGGCCUUAGUCACUUGGAGAAUUAAACCCUUAUCACAGAUAAAUCAGUGGUUGGCUUCACCACUGAGAACAACUUGUUUUCAGAAGAGCUGCUUUUUGGUUAUAUUCUAAACAGAGCCAAUAAAGUGACUGCAGGGCCAAGUUCUGAUAGACCUGGCCAGGUAGGAAUGUUUUGUUUUGUUUUGAAAUACUAGAGCAAAGGAAAAUUGUUCUUUACUGGGCAUACUCAAAAUCUGUCCAAAUGAAAACAGGCAGCUUAUAAUCUUUGUAUAUGUAAUUGAGCUUAGUAUUGUGGGUGUAGGGAAAAAUAGAGAAGGAUGGCAGCGAUAAUGGGGAGGACUACUUAUUUGUACAGAAUCUACAUAAAUCUGUCCAAGUUCCAAUAAAGCAGACUGUUCCUGCACCCAGAAAAUGUGAAUUUAGUGGCCAUCAUGCAGAGAUCAUAAGACAAAGCCUAAAUAGUUUAAACUAAUUGUAAGUCUCCAAAGGUCCUAGCCAUUUCUUGCUUGGAAAGGUUAGAUCUCCUAAGGAAGCUUGGUGUAGAGUAUUUUUAGCUCAGAUGAAUAAGAAUGGGAAGUUUUAAAGAGGGAGUCGCUUAGGACAUGAGUUGAAAGAAUGAUUCAAUAGAUACAUGUGAGAAUCAGUGUGUUAUCAUGCUUUGCAUUUUUCCUAGUGACAGAGGAGUGGAUUGUUUAUACUCUUGUUCUGAGUAUCUCAAGUGGGGGUUGUAUAGGACAAGCUACCCAAAUAGCGUAAGCCCUAAUAUGAUGCAAGUUCUAUACCUUUUGUUUUAAGGGGCCUAAACCAGUUAGUUAAACCUGUACUUAACUUUCCUGGUACUUUGAGGGUGGGCUCGUUUCAUGAGCAAGUUAAGGAUGAAUGACUUAGGCCAGCUAUCUUCUGUCUUGAAAUUAAUAUACACCAUGUUUUUUCUUUCAAAAGCCUAAUUUUGCUGCCUCUUGAGGAAUGGGGAAAAUGUGACCUAGCCUAGUGUUAAACCUUACCUACAGUUGCUCUCUUUUGGGAGUGCUAGCCUUAAGCACAGGAGGAAGCUGAGAUACCCUCCCCACCUAACUACCACUACACUGUUAAGAUGUUGUUAAUAUGCCUUCAACAUUUCUCAAAAAUUAAUCACAAAUGGGGAGAAAUAACACUGAAAAAUUCAAAUUCAGAAAUGGAGUUGGGGGCAGUAGUGAUAUUUAACUCAACUCUGUUGCAGUGAGAAUUUACCACUGAACAAACAGAAGAUUUGUGCCAAAAUACAACUUGAGUAUUAGCUGAAUACUAGGGUUUGAAAUUGUUUCAUAAAAACCUAUGCAAGUUGUUACCUCAACUGUUAGAUAAUUAUACCUCAAUAAAACUUAAUGUGGGCAAUAUUGA